AUGUCUCAGCUCAUCAUCGAACCCUAUCUCAUACUAGGAGAAGAAGACGCACCCGCCGUCCUACCCCGUCUACCCGUACCUGGCACACCUGGCGCACCUUCCGAUUCCCUCUUUCACGUGAAGGAGUGGGUUCAUAUGUAUGCUGGAGACGCUACGAGCUGUACAAUACUUCGGGGGAAAAUGAGUAUUGAUGGCCAGGAGCUCAUUCCUUGCAUAUUGAAAGUAGAUCUGUUUGACCAGCAUCCUCGCUCUCUCCUGACCGAAGCUAGUGUUUAUGAAAACCAAGCGAAAAGCCUUCAAGGAAACGUUGUCCCUCGCUUUUACGGGCUCUUCCAAGGUCAAGUGUCUCCUGGAUAUCUGCCAUCAACCUGCAUGGUCCUGGAGGACUGUGGAGAUCACAUGAGGAGUUCUUUCCCAGAUUCCGACAAUGACCUUAUUUCAAAGCUCCUCGACAAAUUCAAGUUGUUCCAUGACGCUGGUCUACAACACAAUGCGAUCUCUGAGCGGAACGUAACCGUCAAGAACGGAGAGCCAUACAUAAUCGAUCUCAAGCUCUCAAGGCCACACAGAUGCGAUCGCAUACCCAUCGAACAUGGUGCCAGUACCCCGGACGAAUAUAAAUAUGGCUGUUGGGAGCUCUAUGAGACCCAGAUUUUGUCAUGUUUUAUGGAUCACGACUACCUAAGGGUAUCAUUACGACUCGAAGAACUAGUAGAAAUGAUAUGGGACAAGAGCAUUUUGAGGGAUCCGGUUAGGCGCAAGCAAAUAUUGGAAGAAGCUGUUGUCAAGUUAUUCGCUCCUAGGAAAUGA